AUGGGUCGCGUUCGUACCAAGACCGUGAAGAAGUCCGCCAAGGUCAUCAUUGAGCGGUACUACCCCAAGCUGACUCUCGACUUCGAGACCAACAAGCGCAUCUGUGAUGAGAUUGCUGUCAUUGCUUCCAAGCGCCUCCGCAACAAGAUUGCCGGCUACACCACCCACUUGAUGAAGCGUAUUCAGCGUGGACCCGUCCGUGGUAUCUCCUUCAAGCUUCAGGAAGAGGAGCGUGAGCGAAAGGAUCAGUACGUUCCCGAGGUCUCUGCUCUGGACUACACCCAGUCCGAGUCUGGCCAGCUCGAGAUCGACUCCGAGACCAAGGACCUCCUCAAGCACCUUGGCUUCGACUCCAUCCCCGUCAACGUCACCCAGGUCACUCAGAACAACCCCAACGAGCGUGGUCCUCGACGAUUCGGCGACCGUCCUCGCCGCGACUAA